AAACAACCCAGCAACGUCAUAUCUUGAAAUAGGAGCAACCAGACUCGAGCACCCUCUAGGAAAAGUUUUUGAAACUUGAAACUGCUACUAGGUGAAGAAAGAAUUCAGUUAUGCCUGAAACAGAAGAUCCGUUUUUUGGAGGGAAGGCGCCACCAUUUGCUCCCGGAGAUGCCCCUCCAUUCACUCCUCCUAACCCUAAUGCUCCAGCUGGUGACAAAGGGCAAGCCCCUCCCUUCGCACCCGGCCACGCACCACCCUUCCACAUUGAACCCCUACCACCAGGAAUUAAGAUGGAUAUGCUUCCAACUCAACCAGACGAUAACAAACCUUUCAACCCAUCUGCUCCCAUGGGGCCAAUACCUGGCUAUCCAUCCAUUGGUUUCAAUGAUACUCCGUUGAAUCCGCCUCCAAGAUCAGAUAAUAUUGACCAAUAUUUUCCUAAGAACAGGCCAGAUAUUAAAGGACCAGCCAUAAUAACGCAAGACCAGGCGAGACGGGCACUGGUUGAACACUGCAACACACACUGCUGUUGGAGUGCCUCGGCUGCCCAGGAGAUGUCUGUCAGCAACAUGCUCUCUAGCAAUGCCUUCCAGUACUGCCUGGAAACAUUUUGCGAGAAGAGGUCGACAGCGUGGGCGAAGGUACCUUACACAGGUCAGUCAGUUGAUGGACCGCACAAUGGACCCGCCCCCAUGCCUUGGGACAUACCGGCCACGUACGGGGCAAAGUUCUCCACUGAGAAGAGGUUGAUUGAGGUGCCGCACACCGCUUGUGUUAAGCCAUGUGAGUACUGCCAGGCCUGUGGUUGGCUCAGGUGCAACAGGUGUCAGGGUCACGGAAUGUCUAUGUGUACAUCCUGCCAUGGCUCGGGUCGGUCUUUUGGAGCCAGUCAGCAGCAGCAGAUGUGCAUGUUCUGUCAAGGCCAGGGAAGAAGAAGGUGCACGACUUGUGGAGGUCACGGUCGUAUCAAAUGCCACAUGUGUCAGGGUUACAGAAGUCUCAAGUGGUUCAUUCAGCUCACCAUUGAUUGGAUCAAUCACACACAAGACUACAUCUUGGAGCGUACAGACCUUCCAGAUGAAUUGAUCAGAGAUGUCAGAGGUCACAUUGCUUUUCAGGAAGAAAAUGUUCAAGUGUUCCCUAUCAAUCACUGCCCCGAGCCGUCAAUCAACCAAGCCUCCAACUCUAUCAUCGCGAAGCAUCGCACUGCUUUUCCAAAUGAAAGACUCAUUGGACAGCGCCACACAGUUCGGGUGAUUCCAGUGACAGAGGCGGACGGACAUUGGAAGGAUAAAAAGUUUCGCUUCUUCGUAUACGGCCUGGAAAACAGGGCUUACUCGGAUGAUUACCCUCAGCAAUGCUGCUGUGGAUGUUCCAUAUUGUAGGGAUGAGAAUCUGGAGGAUGAUAUGGAGAAGAUGAUGUGGUGAAGGUGAUGACGAAGAUGAUAAUGAGGAGAAAGAUUAAGAUGAUCUUGCUUGAUGAUGUGGAGGCUGAGGAUGUUGGUGUUAUGUUGAUGUUGUAGGAGAAUGAUGAAGAUGAUGAUAAAGUCUAAGGGUACGAAGCCAUAGCUCAUGAGUGUUGGCGUUCAUUUUUUUUAUUUCAAAAUUAGUUUACAGUUCGAUUACUGUCGAUUUUUUUAUAGUUGUUGAUGUAUUUCGUUAUUUUUUGUAAUUGUUUAAUAUUGAGUAAUUAAUGAAAAAUAAAUAAACACAUAAAUGGCCUAGCUGUGAAUUAUAGCUUCUUUUAGCUUUAUUUUUUUGUUAAGUUUAAUGACAUUCAAUUUACGUUUUUUAGAUAGAUAGAUUGAUUUUAUGAUGUUAGUUGAUAGAUUGUUCAUUUGUAAUUAUCAUUCGUAUAUACAUAUGCCCUUCAGAUCUUUUUCAUCUGACUUCAUGCUUGUUGUUAAAUAAAAUACACUUUAUAUUCAACUUCAUUGGGGUUAUGAGUUAGUUAGUCCUGGCUCUUUGCGUUAAGAUUUCAUUUUAAAAUUGCCAGUCGUUUUAUGAAUUUGUAAUCGUGUCAUGCACUUAUAAGUAAUUAAGUAUUAUUAUGUCCUCGAUGGGUACCAAUGUAUGUAAUUCAUUAUGAGAUCUGUUUCAGUAAUUUAUUAUACUUCAACAAUAUACGCACUUUUAUAUGCCACAUAUGUAUUUUUUAUCUUUAUUCUGAAUCGUGUUUUAAAUGUUUCAGCAUAUCCUAGAUUUCUGAUGCAAUUGAUAAAAGGAAGCAUAUUAUGUUUAAUUUUCGCUUUUUAAUGUACAUUUACGAGUUAAAACAAGUAGAAUUGUAGAUAUAUGCACUUGAGCUUAGCUGUACGUAACAUGCCGUCUUCGUGAUCUUAUGCCAUUUUUCAUUUCAUAUUUUAUAGACACUUGUUUAAUUUAUUUUAUAAAGAUGUUGUGUACUUGAUAAUACAUUUGUUUUUCUGAAGAGUGUUUACAUUUAUUAAAUAUCCGUCUAUCUGUGGAUCCUCAAUAAAGUUUUUACAGCAUCAGGUC